AACUCCGCAACUCAACUCUGCCCACUCAUCUCACUCUGGUAACCUCUUCCCCUCCUCUGCUUCCACACUCCACAAUCCACUUCUCAGAGACAUAUAAUCACAAAAACCUUCACAAACAUUCCUCCUCACAAACACUCUCCCUCCAUGGCUAGGCCGCAACAAAGAUACCGCGGCGUCCGCCAACGGCACUGGGGCUCUUGGGUCUCCGAAAUUCGCCACCCCAUUCUGAAGACUAGAGUAUGGCUAGGCACGUUCGAGACGGCGGAGGACGCAGCGCGAGCGUACGACGAAGCGGCCCGGCUCAUGUGCGGCCCAAGAGCUCGGACCAACUUCCAUUCCAAUUCCAACGACAAGAUUCUCUCGGCUACCUUGACGGCCAAGUUACAAAGAUGCCAAAUGACAUCCCUACAGAUGGCCAAGAAAACAGCAACUAAGACUCCCCACGAAGCUCAAUCUCCUCAUGGUGCUAAGAAGGAGGGAGAAAUGGGGGACGGGUUGACUGUGAGUUGGCCUGGUUGCGUGGGAAAGGAAUGCCAACUAGAGAGUGAUCAGCAGCAAAUUUUCAAGCCUCUUGAAGAUGAUCAUAUAGAGCAGAUGAUUGAGGAGUUGCUUGAUUGUGGGUCUAUGGAGCUUUGCUCUGUUGUGCCCAGUUAGGAAAUCUUAUGUCGCAUUUUCAAUCUGUCAUUGCCCUGAAAUUAACGACCCUUCAGUGGCCCGAAGAGUUGUUUAGUAGGUCGUGAGAGUUGAACCUGUGAACUUGAGAAUAAAACUCUCAUCGGCUGUUAUGCUUCCACUCAACCAAUCCGUUUGGAUUCCCUUCUUAUUUUAGCUCACUACAUAUCCAAGUAGGUAAUUAUGUACUAAUGUUAAAUGGUAAAAGUAUAGUAAUUUGCAUUGGCUCG